AAGAAGAAAAACGGUGGGCGAAGAGGAAGAAAGGGAGGACAAGAGCCUCUCUGGUGACUCCGGGCCGAGGCCACGCGGUUAUUGCCGGCUGCCGAUGAUUUCAUCCUUACAACGAACAAUCACUUCGCAGUCUCGUUCAUGCAGGGGUUGGUUUUGGCGUCUAAAUUCCAUCCGAACGGUCGCAAUCUCUCCAAUUGAUGUCUCUUCCUGUCCGUCAUCCCCCAAAUCGAGCCCGUCGUCAAUUGCGCCAUCUCAGCGCCGGUCGGUUGUGGAUGCCGCCUCAAGCAUGCCCAGAGAGUGUACAGUCUCAGAACUAUACAGUCUCUUCUUAUUGACUCCUACAUCUUCCCUCCUCAGUGGAUCUUAUGGACCAGGUCUCAGAGCCUCAGAUCAGACCAUGGAUACACUACCCUCCUGCAGUCCCCCUUUCUUUCUAUUCACUACUCACCCGCGUUUGCUCUCACCUAUCAUACUGCUGUUCUUUGAUCCGGGCCUCAUUUGGUUCUUGCUGGUGAAUGUUUUCAAUGUCUCAGCUCGCCAUAAUCAAGCCAUAAUGUAUUUGCCGCCGGUGCCUAAAGGUCUCUCCUUAUCAUCUCCUCCUCUUCUCCCCUGCUCUACUCCCUACUCACCUUCACCUUCACCUUCUUAUCUUCCCACCUGCCCACCUUUGACAUCCUGACAUCCUGACAUCCUCACCCUUCAUACAGCUCGCCCUAUUCUUUCCUCAGGAUUCUUCAGUCAGAUUCAGCUCUCUUCAUCCUAUCUAGAGCCUGAUUUCUUCUCUAUUGACAUGGUCUUCUCCCUGCCAAGCCCCUGAU